CCGUGCUCCGCUUGUCUGGGUGCUGCUGGUUCACAUGAUCACAUACAUGGGGCUUAAUUCGCCGAAGCUGCUAGCGACUAAACGCCUUUAACCGCUUCUAGCAUCGACAUUUCACCAUAAGAAAGAGUAUUAAUCUGACAUUUCAACCUUAAAAACGGCGUAAACAACAUCGCGGUAUGUAAUAGCUCGGGUUUGCUCGCUGAUGUAGCCUAGUUUUGUAAUAAAGUCAAGUGCGUUUCCGACCCACCUGCGCCUCGAGCUGUGCAAAACACACGCAUCGAUAAACAAAUAGCAUUUUUUAUUUAUUAAUUAACCAUGAAGAUCGUAAACGCUUUUGUUACGCUUGUUGUCGUCUUGCUCGCGGUGUCUGGUGCCAUUCAGGCAGUGACUCUUGAAGUGACAGAUGGAAACUCGACAUGUAUCAAGGCUGAGCUUUCUGCAGUUUUCUCCAUCACAUACAACGCCUCCAAUAGCACGCGGACGGCAUUGGUCACCCUCCCUGACUCCGCCUCCGUUGACCCCGGCAGCAGCUCCUGUGGGUCAGCGGGCAGUUCUCCGUGGCUUGUGGCAGUCUUUGGGUCAGGACAUGCCCUGGGCCUCAGCUUCACCUCCAACGGCAGCGUGUACAGCGUCACCAACCUCACGCUUCAAUACAAUCUCAGUGAUGCCACAGUCUUCCCUGAGGCCAACAGUUCAGAUGUGGUGACAGUUGUGUCCGCUUCAGUUGGUAUCUGGGCCCCAGUGAACAGCACGUAUCGCUGUUUGAGCAGCGCCACGUUCAGACUGGACACGGCCAACCUCACCUUCUCCAACAUGAGGCUGCAGGCCUAUAUGAGCGGCAAUGACCUCAGUCCGAAUGAGAGUGUGUGCUUGGCAGAUCAGACCACCACUCCCGCCCCACCUCGCCCCACCCCUUCCACAACCCCGGUGCCCGUCCCCACUCCAGCGGGACCUCCUGAACGGGGCUUCUACAACGUCACUCAGAACAACACAGUGUGCCUGCUCGCUCACAUGGGACUCCAGCUCAAUGUGACCUACACAGACACUCAGAAUAAGACUGUUCAGGACGUGAUGAAUAUAAACCCGGAUCAUACCAGUUCGUCUGGAUCUUGUGAAGCCAACAGUGCGAGUCUGGUCCUCACACAAGAGCAGAGCACCAUACUGACAUUCAACUUCACACUGAACUCGACUUCCAAGAGAUACCAUCUUAGCGGAGUGAGUCUUGUGGCUAACUGGCCUGAUUUGCCUGCUAACUUCUCUGCGGGGAACUCCAGUCUGAAUUACCUCCGCAGUUCGUUUGGUCACUCGUACAUGUGCAACGCUGAGCAGACACUUGUCGUCCUACCAACAUUUUCUAUCAAUACUUUUAAGCUGCAGGUCCAGCCUUUUGGAGUCACAACUACACAGUUUGCUUCAGCGGAGGAGUGUCAGAUCGACCAGGAUCAGAUGCUCAUCCCGAUAAUAGUGGGAGCAGCUUUGUCCGGCCUGGUUCUGAUCGUGCUCAUAGCGUACCUGAUCGGCCGAAAGAGGAGCCACGCGGGAUAUCAAACCAUCUGAAGUUUUACUUCAUUAUAACUGACAUUUUAAAAGAGCAACAACUCGAAUUAAGCAGGCUUUGAAGAAGGAGACAUAAGCAUGAUUUGUCUCUGCAUUUCUAGUGGCCCCUUGAAGAGACACGGCGGACACUGGGAGACGUCUCCUGGUGUCUAUAGCAUAUUUUGUAUGAUGCUCAAAUGGACUUCUUUACCUUAAUCAAGAGUUUGCAAAGUUGUGUUUUGGUUUGAAGCAUUUCCUCUGUUGAUUUUUCACACCCCAUCUGAGUUUUAUCAUCUCAGAGUUCUUUUAUUUAUAAUUUAUUUAACAUAAAGGUGCACCAUGUAACUUUGCUGAUGGAGGCGCUUGUUUUUCUACAUAGAGAUGUUGUAUUUAUUCUAUUACAGGUGUGUGUCUGACCUGUAAUUUAGCCUGGAGCUUUGUCGCCAUGGAGUCAAUGCCAUACUGUGGAACAUUCCAGGCAGAGUAAUAACAUCUCCAUAAAGACAAGCACCCUCCCCCGAAAAAGUUACGCAGUGCUCCUUUAAAUCUCCCAGUUAGACAAACUUCAACUGUGGAAUGACGAAAUAUUUCCUGAAUAUGCUUGCGAAUAGUUAAAUUAUCGGACUAUAAAAGAUAAGUUUUUUAUUUUCAUCCUUGUACAUUUCAAUCAUGAACUUUAUUCCCUGGGUUAAAAGCUGUUUUGUAGAAAAGGGAAAGUGUUGAAUGUAAAAGUUGGUAAUGUUUUGUUUUAAUGAUUCCAACUGCUUUGAGUAAUUUGUUAAAGAUUAUUUAGCAUUUAAUUUUACCUCAAAGGGAUUAUACAAUGAAACACCCUUUCCAGACUUUAGAGCAACUUCAAUUAGUUUAUUUAUAAAGAAAAACACAGGCACUAACCAAUAAAACAAUGUUAUAAAGCCUAAUGUCAAUAUUCAUGUCUGUACAGUAAAAUUCCUUCAGGUAAAAUUGUGCAGUGGCUACUUGUUUUAAAUUGUUCAUAACUUGAUUAUUUGUUGAAAACAUUUUAAUUUCUAUUUUCCCCAUCCCUUAAAAAAAUUAAUAAACAUCUUUGUGACUUAAA